ACCGGGCGGGGAAAGGCUGUGCUUUGGCUGCUACAGGAUUUAUAGGGCACCAGGAAGGUUCACGGAGCCGUCGCCGCCAGGAACCAGAGGGACCUCUACGGCACCCCAGCCUUCCGGGACUCCAGUCAGGCCCUAGGGCGUCAGGCGCCGGCGCAGCUGCCGGCCAGCACGCAGGGAGCCUCUCGCCACCACUGGGUGCAGCCGGCCUGCGUCCCAUCCGGUAGUUACUAGACCACCGGCUAUGGCCUCCGCGGGCGGUGCCCGGCUUCUGCAAGCUUCCUCUGUGGCUCUCGGCGGCGCAGUCCGUCGGUGGCUAUUUCUCGCCGCCGGAGCCCGCGUUGGAACCAGUGGCUUUCCCGGAAGGCGGGGGCCAGGCCGGAGCGCUGAGCCCGGCCGGGCAGGCUGCGCGCCGGCCAGUCGGCCGUUGAGCCUGUCUGCAGCGGUGCCUUGCAGCUCAGAAGAUAAAAUAACAGUCCACUUUUUAAACCGUGAUGGUGAAAUAUUAACAACCAAAGGAAAAGUCGGUGACUCUCUGCUAGAUGUUGUGGUUGAAAAUAAUCUAGAUAUUGAUGGUUUUGGUGCAUGCGAGGGAACCUUGGCUUGUUCUACCUGUCACCUCAUCUUUGAAAAACACAUAUAUGAGAAGUUAGACGCAAUCACUGAUGAGGAAAAUGACAUGCUUGAUCUGGCGUACGGGCUAACAGAUAGGUCACGGUUGGGCUGCCAAGUCUGUUUGACAAAGUCGAUGGACAAAAUGACUGUUCAAGUGCCUGAUGCCAUGGCUGAUGCCCGACAGUCUGUGGACAUGGGCAAGAACUCCUAGGACAGAACAAAUAGGAAUAUUUUACAAAACUUUACCUAUUUUUAUAAUUAUUACUUAAUACAAUUAAAUGAGAGCAUUGAUGAAUGGGUUUAUUAUUAUGACCAGCUUUACUACUUUAAUUCACCUUGUAUAACUACCAAAUUUUGUAGUUCAAAAGUAUGCAAUCUUUAUUUUGGUUAAAUUAUAAAAAGGAAAUAAAAUAUCAGAAAGGAGUAUGAUAAAAUGUUAUGUUUGUUUAGCAACAUUGGCAAAACAUUGUCAUGUAAAUCCUAUGCCUACUUGCCUAUAAAGUGGGUUUGAAAGGGUAUUUCCCCUGUUAGAUGUGGGUGAAGGCAGAGAUCUAGAAUGGCUUGUCAGGGCCUUACAGUGAAUUAGCAAGUCUAUACUAGAACCCACAUCUUGUUAAUACAAACCAAAUGUUCAGAUUAAAACUGGAGAAAUUGUGAAUAUCUUAUUUAUAGUAGUAAUUAAGUGUGAAUAUGUAUGGAAAAAACUAUUGCUUCGUGAACUGAUUGAUUUCAAAGACCGCUGUAACUUUAUACAUCAAUAUUUCAAAAUUUUUAUUCAGUGAAAAGUGUAAGUCUGAGCACAGGCAAUAUAACGGAAUUGGAGAAAUAAACAAAAAAUUAGGGGCCUGUUCCUUUCUAUCCUAAGUAGAAUGGACUGUCUUUGUAAUAUUUUAAAAAUAAUGCUGAUGUAUAAAUCUCUGCCUGUAACAGAAUAGAGAAUUUAUGGAUUAGGUUUUCCCUGUCCUGAGUUGCACAAGGAAAUGAGCAAGCUUCCGAACUGCACAGCCCAAAUGGAGCUGCCUGGGGUGCGGUGAGCUCAGCAGCACGCAUAGUCCUGAGGAAAAGGGGGGAUGGUUUGAUCACCACAGCUGACCAGUUUUGGGUGGCAAACAUUUGUAAUUUUAUCUUUACUGUGAGUAAACUGGUAAAUGCUAAUAAAGCAGUAUGCAGUA